AUGACUGGGCUAUCUUCAGCGGCCUCGCCGUCUCUGCCCAUCGCCCAGUCAGAUCUCGACGGUUCUGUCUGGAAAGCUCUUCUCGCCGAACCCCAGAGCAGGCGCGGCUUCUCCGACAUGCCCCGCAACCGUCCUGUCAAGCGGCAGUCGGGCUGGAACCCGCCUACAGACUUGAAGGCUCCCCUCCAGGAAGUCUGGGAGCACUACGAGAAGACCUACGACGGAGGUCUGGACGCCAACGUCAACACUGGCUUCCAUCAAAUCAUGGCUAACAAGGGUUACCUGAACAUCUGUGUCCGAUGGGACUCUAGCGCUACCAUCACUGAGACCGAACGAACCAAGAUCCCCAGUGCGUAUAAUGCCCAGUACCAAAAGUGGUUCAAGUGGCUCUACGGCUAUAACGGCUUCCCUUACGACGAGGUGAAGGUCAAUAUUGUCGCAUAUGCCGUCAAGGACAAGAGCCAGCUUCAGGGCUCCACUGCUGGCUAUGAGGUCUACACGGAGCUCGAUGCAGACGGUGUCCCUAUGUGCCCUGUCGCAUGUGCUCAUGAUGCUCACCUUGAUGGUGACUAUAGUGGCUGUAAGCCUGGUGCUGAUCGCCACUACGACCACUCUCUGUGGCUGAAGGAUGGUCUUGAGGGUGGCUUUGGUCAUAACUGGGGUCAGGAGGUUGGCCGUGAGUACUUCAUGAACAACCUUGACAGUAACAGUAUCCACAUUCUUUUGCACGAGAUGGGUCAUACCUUUGCUCUUGAUGAUUUCUAUGACUGGACCCCCACUGGUAUCACCAAGUUUAUCAUGCUUGCUGGUGCCUCUAUGGAAAUCACCGACUUCGACGGCUGGAUGUAUCGCAACUGGUGGUACUACCUCUCUCAGAAGAACAACUGGACUUCCACCAUAACCAGCACUGAUGUUUCACCUGCUUCAUCCGAAACUAAGCCUCCCACUAACACUGCCGCAUCCGCAAUCAAGACUACUACUCCCAAACUUAGCACCACUACCAAGGCCGCCGUCGCUAAGCCUGUCUCUACCAAGAAGGCUACCUCUACCAAGGGUCCCGUUACUCAGGCUACAGCUAUCAAAGCCACCGCUAGUGCCGAGGUUGCUACUUGGGGUCAGUGUGGCGGCAACAACUGGACUGGCGGCACCAAGUGUGCUUCUGGUGCCAAGUGUACUAAACGGAAUGAUUACUACUCUCAGUGUGUUGCCAACUAA